AUGAAGGUGUUUUAUCAAAUUAUUCUGGGACUGGCGCUUAUCUUUGCCAUACUAAGUUCUUUGACUUACGCUAAACCAUUAAAAGACAAUGAGUCUUCUGAAUCGGAUGAAUCUCUGCCCAAGGACAUUCAACAGGAUUAUCUUAAUGUGGCCAACUAUGUUACUGCGCCUCCUCCAUGGUGGUGGAACUAA